AAAAAAAAAAAGCGGCAAUCGGACCCGAUCUAACCGGCCCUUCAUAGUCAUAUCGACCAUCUUCUCGUCAAUGUGGACCAACGCUCUAUCGCUGGGUUUUCUCCGUUCCCGCCGUCUCCUCGUACACUCCUACAGCCAGACGAUCGAUAUGGAAGGCUAGAUCUAGCUCUCGACGAACUUGUGUUCCUCAUCCUACUCUGUCGACGCCGCGAUGGAGCCUGAUAUGAGCAUGGAAACAGGAUCCAUGAUCCGCAUCGCCGUUCUUCCCAUCGGUGGCCCGAUCCCGCACCAGCGAGUUCGUGAAUACGUCUCGAUGCUGUCGCGUCACACGCGGAUCGAUCUCUCAUCCAUUAGUUCUUUCUACUCGGAGCACCAGAAGAGCCCCUUCACACACCAACCAUGGGAGAGCGGAAGCCUUCGCUUCAAGUACAUGGUUGGUGGUGCUCCUCCUAGCCCCUGGGAGGAUUUCCAGGCCCAUCGCAAGAUCCUAGCUGUCAUCGGCCUCUGUCACUGCCCAGCUUCUCCGAAUCUAGAUCUUGUCAUCGAUCAGUUUGCUUCCGUUUCCAGGGGCUAUGGCUCUGCGGUCGCAAAGCGAUUGUUCGCGUUCUCGCCUAGUGAUGAGCAGUUAGAGGAGGGCCGAGAAAAGGAAAACAGUAUUAUUUUGUUCCCUCCAUCUGAUCAACAAGCACAGGAACUUCAUAUGCUGACAAUGAUUCAAGAUCUUGCCGCUACAUUGUUGAUGGAGUUUGAAAAAUGGGUUCUUCGUGCAGAAUCUACUGGUACUAUAUUGAAGACGCCCUUAGAUUCCCAAUCCAAUUUAAGCUCUGAGGAGGUGAUAAAAGCUAAAAAAAGGAGGCUUGCUCGAGCACAGAAAACUAUAGGGGAUUAUUGCUUAUUAGCAGGAUCGCCUGUUGAUGCAAAUGCACAUUUUGUUACAGCCAUAGACCUGGCCAGGUUGACUGGAGAUGUUUUCUGGCAUGCUGGUGCUCUAGAGGGCAGUGUUUGUGCCUUGUUGGUUGAUCGGAUGGAUGAAAGGGAUUCUCUUUUAGAGGAGGAGGUGAAGUAUCGCUAUUACACUGUCAUUCAACUUUAUAAGAGAUCAUAUUUACAAGAUAAUGCACAGAGGGUUUCAACAGCGACCUUUGAGCUUGAAGCUCAACUAAAGCUAGCCAGGUACCUCUGCAGGCGGUUUGUUGUGAAGGAAGUAGUAGAACUGUUGAUGAAUGCUUCUGAUGGUGCAAAGUCCCUGAUUGAUGCUAAUGAUUGCCUUAUAUUGUAUGUUGAGAUAGCUAGGUUAUUUGGAGCUCUUGGUUAUCAGCGCAAGGCAGCAUUUUUCUCUAGGCAGGUUGCACAGCUAUACUUGAAACAGGAUAAUAUAAGUGCUGCUAUCAGUGCUAUGCAAGUUUUGUCGCUUACAUCCAAGGCCUACCAUGUGCAAAGUAGGGGAACAAAUCGAAAGCAACAUGGAUCACUCCAUGAGCCUGUAUCAAAUAAUGCUGAAAGUGGAAAAAUUCAUCCUCAGUCCAUAAUUUCAUUGUUUGAAUCCCAGUGGAGCACUCUGCAAAUGGUUGUUUUGAGAGAGAUUCUGAUGUCCUCUGUUCGUGCUGGGGAUCCCCUCGCUGCGUGGAGUGCAGCAGCUCGUCUUCUAAGAUCUUUUUAUCCCCUCAUCACACCUGCAGGACAGAGUGGCCUUGCAAGCUCCCUUGCAAAUUCUGCAGACAGACUUCCAUCUGGAACACGAUGUGCUGAUCCGGUUCUUCCUUUCAUAAGG